CCUAUCAAUGCCAGUCAGUGCCACCUAUCAGUGAUGCCAAUCAGUGCCACCUAUCAGUGCCAGUCAGUGUCGCCUAUUAGUGUCAGUCAGUGCCGCCUAUCAAUACCCGUCAGUGCUGCCUAUCAGUGCUGCCUAACAGUGUCAUGCCAGUCAGUGCCCCCUAUCAGUGCCGCCUAUCAGUGCCAUAUAUGAGUGCUGCCAUUCAGUGCCCAUCAGUGAUGCCUAUCAAUGCCCAUCAGUGCCACCUACCAGUGCCUCCUCAUCAGUGCCCAUCAGUGCCACCUAUCAGUGUCCAUCAGUGCAGCCUAUCAAUGCCCAUCACUACAGCCUCAUUAGCGCACAUCAGU